GACGAGCUGUCGGCCGCCCCCCCCCACGUGCGGCGGCUCCGGGAGCGUUUGGGGAAGACACCGAACCCGGCCCUGUUCUGGUCCAUGUUCGCCAGCCGCGGGGACCUCGGGCUGGAGCGCAGCGGGGCUGGGAGCCUGCGCUGCCCUGUCCUGCUCGUGGUCGGUGACAACGCCCCCCAUGAGGACGCUGUGGUGGAGUGCAAUGCCAAGCUGGACCCCACCCAGACCUCCUUCCUGAAGAUGGCCGACGGCGGGGGGCAGCCCCAAAUCUCACAGCCGGGGCGUCUCACCGAGGCCAUCAAGUACUUCCUGCAGGGGAUGGGCUACAUGGCGGCCUCGACCAUGACCCGUCUGUCCCGCUCCAGGACCGGCUCCUGCUGUGCCCCGGGGGGGGAGGGCGGGGCCGAGCGGGGCCGGACCCGGACCCUCAGCAGGGGCAGCGCCGGGGGAGGGGCCGCCCUCCCCCCGACCCCACCCCACCCCUGAAGGACCCCAAAUGGGCCCCGAGACCCCCCUCCCUCCCCCGUUCCCGUUUGAGACCUUCCCAGGAGCCUCCAAUACCCUCCCUCAGAGAUCCCCUCUAAGGGCAGCCCCUGAGACCCCUCGGACCCUCCUGAGACACUCCACCCCCACCGUGUGCCCUGGACCCCCCCGAGACUCCCCUCCCUCCCCCGUGUGCCUCAGAACCCCCCUGAGACUCCCCCUGGGACCCCUCCUCCCCCAGUUAUCACUGGGAACUGUCUGAGACCCCCCCCCUCACCACCACAAGUGACCUUUGACCCCAUUGUCCACUUGUCAAUAAAGGGUCAAAUCAGCAAC